AUGCAGCCCUCAAUGGUAUCAAUCUUGAUCUUCCUCAUCGUGUCUGCAAACGCAGACUGUCAGAAGGCUAGUCCUUUGAAUGUUGCCCAAGAGACAACGUGCGGACUGCAUGUGUUUGAUCAAGGCUCGAAAUGGCAGGGCCCUGAGAGCUGCUUGGGCGAAUACUGCAUCUACUGGAACAGUGAAUUCAACAAUGGAAUAGGCAUCGCCGCUGUGACCACCGCCGAACACGCUCAAUCAAUCGCCAGAUUCACCGAGGAGAUGCAGCUGCUACAGGACGACCCGCCAUACCUCAAAGCCGAAAUCCCAGGCAAGGGCAAGGGUGUCAUCGCGAAGCGCAAGAUCGCUCUCGGAGAGACCAUCAUGGUCCUGCCGCCGACGCUGCUCGUCAGCGACGCGGCAUAUCAGGCCUUUGGUGGUGCAGAGAAGGUCAGGGGAAACGACUUAUACUCCAAGGCUCUGGAAAAGGUGUCUGCCACGGCGCGCGAGGAAUUCCAGGAGCUUCAUGGUCUCGAUGCCGCGAUGAAGCUCGAUAAGAACGGCUUCACCGUAUAUAUCGACUUCACCGAGGAAAGCCAGCAUCUCGGAGUUUAUGCCCAAGCGGCGGCCAUCAACCAUGACUGUCGACCAAGCAUCAAUUACCGCCUCAACGACAUCACUCAAACCACGACGGCUGUUCGCGAGAUCCAGGCCGGUGAAGAGCUCAGCGUCAGCUACGUGGAUCUCAUGCUUCCACAUAAGCAGCGACGUAAACGUCUGCGGGACUGGGGCUUUGACUGCAAGUGCAGUAAAUGCACUGCAUCCGCAGCCGCCAUCGCCCGCUCCGACGAAAAUCUCACCAUGAUAAAAUUCCUCGAGCGCGAGCUGGACAGCCCAAACAGCACAGUGACAGGCGCUACAGGAAAACAACUGGUUGCCCUUUACGAAGAGGAGCGUCUGGACAUCUACCUCGGACCUACUUAUACGCGUGCGGCGCUCAACUAUGGCUUGUUUGGCGAAAAGGAAAAGGCCGUCGAAUUCGCAACAAAAGCCAUCGCAGCACUCGAGAGGCAGUACGGGCCACACGCGGCAGAUAUCCCGUCGAUGCAGGCGCUGCGGGAUGAGCCGGAAAAGCAUUGGAGCUGGGGAUUGAGAAAAUCGCCGUCGCUCAAAAUUCCCAUCCCAGACGACAUUCCGAAACCGGCCAUGGAGGAGUUGUAG